AAGCCAGGGAUUGUGUUAAGAAAAUGGCAGACAAGCCAGACAUGGGAGAAACUGCCAGCUUCGAUAAGGCCAAGCUGAAGAAAAUGGAGACACAGGAGAACACCUUGCCGACCAAAGAGACCAUUGAGCAGGAGAAGUGGAGUGAGAUCUCCUAAUCCUGGAGGAAGAGUCACCUGCAAGGUGGACACGAGCGACAAGCUGCA